CAACACCGAUCAGCUGGUAAUCACUUGUUUUCGUUUUGUUAUGUUUUAUCGCAAAAAUAUACGACAGAGAACUAUUUAAAUAUUGAUAAAACCGUGGAAAGGUGAUUACUCUUUAAUUAGCGUCAAACGAGAUUAACGUAAAAGUAAAAAACAGGCGAAAAUUACAUUAACAACCAGCAGCAACGCAAUUUACUCAACAUACACGAAAAGGACAAUUUGGUAGCGGCGGCUGUGCAGAAAGUUGACUCUCUUCAGGAAGUUAAAGCUACGUCAGAAGCAUGGGCGAAUCCAAGUGUUACACACUGCUAAGAGAUCCUAACGCAUAUACACCAGAUACAAUCGACUUGAACAAGGAUACAAAAGCAGCUGCAUAUUGGUUCCCUUGCUUUCGCGAUUUAGUUGCGAAAUUUGCCACACAAGCAGCGGAAAGUCAAAGCCAAACUGAUGACACAGCCAUACAACGGGCGGAAAACUUUCGCAAAUCCUAUUUGGAAAAACUGGAUGAAUACCAAAGAAAUGCAGAAAUAAAUGCAGCUAAUAAUGUCGUGCUGGGUAUACGUGAAUUGCUAGAAUUGAAUGAGACUCAAUUACGUUUAUUUGGUUUUGACGAUCCAUGGAAACAACAAAAACAAUUAGAAAACACAGCUGCCAUUGCUACCUUAAAAAGUCGCCUAUUGGAGUUAGAUGCCAUCGAAGAUAAUGCAGCACGUUGGACAGAGCUGGUGCGCGGUGUGCUGGCUGGUAAUAUGUUCGAUUGGGGUGCACAAGCGGUAGCGACUAUUUUGAAUGAAGAUUCAAAUUUCGGCUUACAUGCAGCACUGGAGCGUAUACAAAAGCGUCCUUGGCUCAUAGACAACCUGGACGCCUGGUUGCAACGGCUGCGUGGCAAUGCGCAUAAAUGUGCGCUUAUUUUCGUCGACAAUAGUGGCGUAGAUGUAAUUUUAGGCAUACUGCCAUUCGUGCGUGCAUUACUGCAACGUGGCACCAAAGUACUGCUAUGUGCAAAUACCGAACCUUCGCUGAAUGAUGUGACAAGUGGAGAGCUAACUGAAUUGUUAGAUCAAUGCUGUAUACACUGCAGUGUGCUCGCAAAAGCAAGACAAGAACAAAACCUACUAGUGUAUGCGAACGGGCAGAGCGGUCCCUGUUUGGAUAUGCGUACAUUGCCGAGUGAACUAUGUGAUGCAAUACAAAAACAUGAGACUGAUUUGCUAGUAAUCGAAGGUAUGGGGCGUACGCUUCAUACAAAUCUCUAUGCGAAAUUCAAAUGUGAGACACUAAAAUUGGCUGUCAUAAAGAAUAAGUGGUUGGCGGAGCGUUUGGGCGGUGAUACCUUUGCAGUUAUGUGCAAAUACGAAGAUGCAAGCUAGUUAAUACCACCUAAAUUAUAACUGCCGUUUAAUGUGAGAUUAGAUUAUCUAUUUUGGAUUACUUGUAUUGGAGUGGAGAUGGCGAUGCGUUAUUAUCGAGAAAUGCGCGCGUGUGUGUGUAUGUGUGUUAAACAAAGAAGAAUAGAAACGUUGAUUAACGUCAAGUAGAUAUGCAAGUUAAUACGUACUAAUAAACUAAACUAAAUACACGCAUACGUCAAAGCGAAAAAUGUGCAGAUUUGGAGUGGAAUUUGCGAUGUGAAAAUAUUUAGUGUCAAUGACCAACUGAUUGAUGAUCUACUAUAAAAUAUAUACAUAUAUUAAUUGUUAAAGAAACACA